CGUGACGUCACACGCUCAUCUCGCGAGAUUGUGACGAAAUCCUAAGAGCGCUUGGCCGGCAGGAUCCGAGAAGCUGGACGUAUACACUGUGAUCCGGGACUGCGUGCUGUGUUAUGAAAAUCGGCACUGUCCCGCUUUUGCGGGAGUGUUGAGCAGUAUGUGAGCGUCAUUUAUCAAUAAGCCGCUUUCUUACUUUCCUGAAUGCUGGGAGCUACAGAUCUGGGUAGAACUUGCUUGAAAUUGUUUAUCAUCUGGUUCCUCUCUGCAAAGUCCCUUCUGCUGCUCGAAUCUUGUCAAGAGAAACAUGACGCGUGAUUUUAAACCUGGAGAUUUGAUCUUUGCAAAAAUGAAAGGUUACCCACACUGGCCAGCUAGGGUGGAUGAACUUCCUGAUGGGGCUGUGAAACCUCCUACAAAUAAAAUGCCAAUAUUCUUUUUUGGCACUCAUGAGACAGCUUUUUUGGGACCAAAGGACAUUUUCCCUUACGAUGAAAAUAAGGAGAAGUAUGCCAAACCUAAUAAGCGAAAGGGCUUUAACGAGGGGCUUUGGGAAAUCGAGAACAACCCUAAGGUUAAAUUCUCAACUCCACAGAAUAUCUUGGCAAUCACUAAUGCUGCUUUAAGAGAGGCAGCAGAAGCGCAAAUGCAAGAAGAUCUAGAGGAAAAUGAGGAGAAGGUGACAAAGAGAAGGAAAUCAACCACAUCAAAGAUUUUAGGUAAGCAUUCUGAUUCAUCUUCCAGUGGACUUGAGUCUCCAGAGAAAGAUAUGAACGCCACAAAGGAAGACGCAAGCAUCUCUGAUCAGCUUGGCAGUGAAGAUGCCGGUAUCAUAAAAGAUUCACCUGUUGUAGUUAAAGGCAGAAGAGGUAGAAAGAGAAAGGUUGAUAUACUGGCUGAGUCUGCGCAAGAAAUAGCGGCUGCACCAGUAAGUCCACCAGUACAGAGCCCUAAAAGAGGCAGACCAGGCAAAACUAGACCUGGCAGAAACGAGCCUUGGAAGACUUUUGCUGGUGCAACGUCUUGGCACUCCUUGGCCACAGGAGAAGUUAAGGUUCCAAAGCCAAGAGGAAGGCCAAGAUUAAUAAAACCCCCUCCCUCACCAGAACGAGGAAUAACAAGUGAAGAAGAUCAGAGUAAGAAAAAAUCUCCAGAAAGAAAACCAAAAAAACAGACACUUCAGAAAAAGGAUGAGGUCUUGAAGGAUGAAGAAGAAACCCCAAGGAAAGAGACAGACAAAAAGGAGGCAAGAGUGGAGGCCGAGACCAAAAAGAAAGUUGCAGCAAAGACUGAUUCUCCUGCUCAGUCAGAUUCUGAUGAUGAUGAGCAAGAAGAUGGAAAGAAGGGCAAAGCUGGCAAACUCUCCCAGGUGGCUCAAAAGCGCAGCCUAAAGGCUCAACAGGAAAAGGAUAUUCCUGACAAAAAGCGCAAACAGGAGGAAACUGUUGACAUGGAAAGCCAGUCUAAGGAUGAGGUGAAGAAAAUUGAUGUUAAAAAACUGGACAAGAAAAAAGAAACAUCCACAGAUGCCAGACUUCAAAGGAUACAUGCAGAAAUUAAGAGUUCUUUAAAGAUUGACCACUUGGAUGUAAACAGAUGCAUCAGUGCUUUGGAUGAGCUGGCUUCUCUCCAAGUAAGCAUGCAGCAAGCUCAAAAGCACACAGACAUGAUAACUACCCUGAAAAAAAUUCGCAGGUUCAAAGCCAGCCAAGUGAUUAUGGAUAAAGCCACCAUGCUGUACAACAAAUUUAAGAAUAUGUUCCUAGUUGGAGAAGGCGAUUCUGUCAUAACUCAAGUCCUAAAUAAAUCUCUAGCAGAGCAAAAACAGCAUGAGGAAGCCAAUAAAGCCAAGGAACCUGGAAAGAGAGGACCUCACAAGAAGGUGGAAAAAGAGCAAAAUCCAGACACAAAUACUUUUAAUGGUGACCAGGAAUCUCAAGACCAAGCACAACAAAAUGGAGACAGCAGUGAGGAGACUGAGGAGAAGGAAGAUAACACUUUAAAGCGCUCUGUAAGUGCAUCAAAAGGCAACGAGGCCAGCAAACAAACCAGAGAUGAUUCUGCCCCGGACAACUAACGCAGCAGACCCCUGCCCUCAGACCAGGCUCAUGUAGUAGUUUUAAGAUUGCACAUUUUACACUGCUGAGAAUUUUAACUCAUUUUAUAAAAGCAAACAGUAUUUUGAGGUCUUUGGAGAUGAGACAUUUUUAUGUUUUCCUGAAGUAGUGCUGAUCUAUAUGUCCACUAGCUGUUUGAAGCAUUAUAUGCUGUUUUAUUAGCAAAAUUGUUGUAAUGGACCUUAAAAAAAGCAAAACCAACGCAGAUUUAUGCAUUUCCCUUCCAUUUAUUUCAAAUUAGUGUGUGUGGAUGUGCAUGCGCAUGCUGCAGUAGGUUGCUUCUCUUCCGCUCAUACAGGACGCCCUGUAAGUCUACCUGGUACAGUGUAACAUGCCAAGCCAGUAUUUAUUUGGAACAAAGUGCACAAAAUAAGUGCUUUUGUACUUACAAAGAUGACUAAAACUAAACUAAUCCCAAUACACCCAGAUUAUCUCUAGCACAUUAUCGGUGCGGUAGAGUUUCAGUUUAAUGAAACUCUGAUGGGAGUCACUUUUAAGGAUGAGUUAUGGCCAUCUGUGAUAGUCAUGAAGGCCAUUAACAGGGCAUUCUAUACAAGUGACAUUAGUUUGCUUUACCCAUGAGCUUGCAAGCCACAUACUGAUAUGGUAUUAGUUGUCCAGCCACUGUGGUGUUCAACCGUUAUAGUGAACAUGUGGCAGAUAGGCAUGAGUCCAGGGAUCUUACAUGCCAAGCCCAUGUUCUAACCUUCUCAGGUUUUACUUCCUACCCUAAUUAGAAAUACAUCAGGCAACUAGGAUCCCAUACAGACUGGCCUAGGCAUUUAAAUGUCAUGAACUUCUGCCUUUUUCCUUAAUAAAGAAGGUGGCCAACAUUCAUUAUGUAUAUCAAAACCAUAUGGAAGCCUACCAGGUGGUUGUGCUUUCCCUUAUAUUAAAUGAGAACAUUAUUAUAUAUGUAUAAAUCACCAACAUAUUCUGCAGGAUCAAAUAUACAAUACUUGGGGUCAUUUAUCAACACUGGGCAAGUUUACACAUGGACGUUAACUCAUGGCAACAAAUCAAAUUGCAUUCAUUGUUCUACCCGCAGGUGUGUCUGAAAAAGCCACUCACUGAUUAAUUGCUACCAGUUACUGCCAAUGGGCAAAUUUACCCACUGUUGAUAAAUGAGCCACAGAGAGGUACGAAAGCUCAGUAGAGCUUAGAAUAUGAAAGGAGAAAGGGGGUAUGAGACAAAAGGGGUGCACUUACUCUUUACAAUGUGCCAUUCCAUAUAUUUUUCUUUUUUCAAAAGGAAGCCCAUAGUGUUGCCAGCGAUUAUUUUCUGCAUUCAGAAAAUACACCAUUGUUUGCCUCUGCCUAAAAACUUGCUCUUUACAUUCUUUCAGCCAGGUCUGUUUUUCAGUGCAAGUCUAGUAUUUCUAACAUAUAAAUGUGACUUUACAGCCCUAUGGGAAUAUAUGUAUAUGUUUUAACUGGCUUUAUUUUUAUCAGCCCUCAUUAAUGCCUUUGUGGAUCUGCAAGGUACUGUACUGAAGGCUUCUCUGGGCUACACUGAUGGUUUGUUGUCUGCUAAAGUCCUAAUACUUUACCAGUAUUCUUGUUUUCAUUGUUGUAUUUGUGCAGAUUGUGAAGAAAAGGCAGUAUAUUUUUUAUAUAGCAGUGAUCAAAUUGUGUGUCUUAUUUUUCUUGUGUUUUUGUAAUUCAGAAUCUUGUUUUCUGUUUUGUAUGAUGGUCAUAUGCUGUGCAAAGUAAGAAUGCUUUGUAAAUAGGCUCCGUGAAACAGAUUCGUUGUGCUUUUGUAUUGAAGUCUCAAAUAAAACUGUAAAGAGUUCAA